AUGUCCGUCGCUUCGUGGGCUACGGGCCUGGUCGUCGGCUUUGCUAUCGGCAGCUACGGUGCGUCGGCUCACCUCGAUGCCACACGGAAGCAGAUGCUGACUCUCAGCUCGCUCACUACUGACCUUACUACCGCAAACAGAGUCGCUGCGGGUGAGCUGCCACUUGAGGCUCUCUCUACCUCCUCUGUCUCGGCCUCAGCCUCUCCUUCCUCCUCGGCUACCCAUGAGCUCAUCCAGGCCGAGGCUCCGCGUCACCUUGCCUCGGAGCACCUCAAGUCAUCGUGGAACGCGCUCAUCUCAUCGGUGGUCGACACCUCAUUGCCGCUCACCUCCGAGUCUGGCCGCAAUGCCGCCAUCUCCAACCUCGUCUCCCGCUUCAACUGAUACCGAUUGCCAGACGAGAGACUAAACCCCCUCCUCCCCCC